AUGGCAAGGUGCACGGUCAAUAUGCCUGAGCACGAGUUUGCAAAAUUGGCCCAAGGAGGUUUGUUGCUCAACCUCCGAAAGAAAUUCGAAGGAAUUGAGUUCCGCGACAUCUACGAUCUCUUAUUUCGGGUGGACCGAUACGAAGCCCUUCUAAAAGAGGAACAACAAAAGGGGCGGUCGGCAUCUCCACCAACCUUUUAUAAGAAUUCGGCCAAACCCUCCGGGCCUAGAACUAUGGCGGUCCACGCAGUAGACGUUGAAGAUAUAGAGUCGGGAGAAAGAGAUCAGGAGAUUUCCCUAAAAGAGGAAGAAGAGUUGACCGGGGCUUUGUCUAAAGCCUUCAAGGAUCAAAGGCCGACGACGGCCCAAAUUUCCAAGCUUAGUGGAACCUCCCAAAAGACUUCAUCGAUUGGAAGAUUGGAGAUGUGUUCGACGAAGUUGAGUCCAUGGUCCAAAUGGAAUGGGCCAAAGAAAUUGAGGUGGCCCAAGAAAUUCUAA